AUGUCGUGUUUGAGCUUGGGGAAACCCAUCACAACAAAAGGCCUCAUUGGUCUUCUUAUGAUGACUUUUUUUAUGCUGACAGCUCUUGUUCCACGCGUAAAAGCUUGGGAUCAGGCCGAUUUUGAGAUAUUUGAUCUUGUCGAUGAACUCGAAAAGUCAGAGGGCAAGGGUGUAACAUUCUACAGCUGGUUAGAUAUUCCUGCUACUGCCACUGCCCCUGAGAUUGGCAAAGCUUACCGCAAACUUUCUUUCCAACUCCAUCCCGAUAAGAAUAAGCAGGAUGUCAAAGCAAAGGAACGUUUCGCCCGCCUUGGAAAAGUGGCAGCUAUCUUGAGAAACUCGGCAAGUCGCGAACGUUACAACUUCUUUUACAAGAACGGCGUACCUCGCUGGAGAGGAACUGGUUACUACUAUGCUCGUUUCCGUCCCGGACUGACUACUGUGAUUGUGUUUUUGGCUUGCUUGGUGGGUGGUAUGCAGUAUCUUGCUAGCUGGAUUAACUAUUACCUUGAGAAGCGCAGAAUCUUGCACUUUGUUGAGGAUGCUCGUCUGGCUAUGGCUCUCAGAGCACCAAAGGGACACGGAGCACCUACCGUUGGACGUAGUUUCCUUGAAAUUCAACAGAACAUGGUUCGAUGUGAAGUCAUAUCUGACGAAUAUCUUAUCGUUUAUCCCGAACAAGCUGAUCCUAUUCACCUUAAUGUCGAGUGGGUUGAGAAGCCCAACUUCAAUAACGUUUAUCUCGUCCGUUGGCCCAAGUCCCUGUAUGAAAAGUUUACUCAACCAAAGGUGAAAGCUGAAAAAGAAGAUACUGAAGAAGAAGAGGAAGAAGAAGUCCAGGUUGACCAGAAAGGGACUGAAGUAGCAACUGCUCUUCCCAAGAAAAAGGUGAAGAAGAGAGAAAUUGGCACUGUCGAGGGUACGAAGGUUGGCGGAAGAAGACGUGCUGUACGCAAGUAAAUCCAUACAGAUGAAUAUGGAUAAGAAAAAGACACAAACACAAAAGAACUUUUAGACAGAUUUUUUUUUAAAAAUAUAAAAGCAGCUUCAUUUUUAAUUGCAUAUCGGAUUUAUGGGUAUAUUUCUAUUAAGAGAAACGAGGGUGAAAUGGAGGCGAGGUAAAAAGAGAUCCAUCGCGUGUAGACCAAUCCUGAACAGUGGGGGUAAUUGGUUGAAUAGAUCCUAUUGGAUCGCUCGAUAGAAUAUUAUUAUUUUGUGAGUUGGGCCAUGGUUCUGACGGACUGACGGGACAAGAAGCGGGUACAUGAAGAAGCGUGUCAGCACCCUGCCCAUCCAUAAUUGGGGUAUAAACAAAAUCAGCAAAACGGAAUAGAUCGUUGAGUGUCAUAUCAGCUGCAGCUGAUACAUCGAAUGCCGAGUUAAUAGAGAUUGUUGUAGGCGAAGGUGGCGGAAUAGGGCCUUUGAGCCAUUCCCAUUCGUUUGUUGUGAGUGAGAUACGCGAUAUAUGCGCAUUGGGCACAGUUUCAGGAACGUUGUCUUCAACAGGUGGAGGAGCUUCAUCUUGUUCUUCUUCGGAGCGCUUCGGAUUGUCUAUUUGACUUUCAAUACGUCUUAUUAGUGUUUUGACAUAUUUAUGAUGGCGUACAGGAGAGUGCUGAAGAACUCUGGCAAUCCGUCUCAUCUGAUAUGAUGCUGACUUUCUCAGCUCAGAACGGUUGCUCCGGAUUUGGUUACUGUAAACUACGCACGCCAUAACAAGUGUAU